AUGUCAGGACAGAUGUACGACGACCAGUUCUAUGCGACCUCGCAACGUCAGUCCCUCACAGCUACCCCUCCUCCUGCAUCGGUCCCGCGUCACAGUCGAGUUCGCAGCCAGAGCGUGAGAGUCAGCAACGGAACCGUUAGCACAGAUACCAGCAUUGCAUCGAGUGGAAGAAUGUCUGAUGCCACCAAUUUGACGCAGCCACCUGCCUAUUCGAAGAAGUUUGUCGUUGUUGGAGAUGGAGGUUGUGGCAAGACUUGUUUGUUGAUCAGUUACUCGCAAGGAUACUUUCCAGAGAAAUACGUUCCUACCGUCUUCGAGAAUUACAUCACUCAGACGGCUCAUCGGCCAUCGGGAAAAACGGUCGAAUUGGCUCUAUGGGAUACAGCUGGACAGGAAGAAUAUGACCGAUUGCGUCCAUUGUCAUAUCCCGAGACGGAUCUGUUAUUUGUCUGCUUUGCCAUCGACUGCCCGGCAUCGCUAGAGAAUGUCAUUGACAAGUGGUAUCCUGAGGUCCUUCAUUUUUGUCCGACAACGCCCAUCAUCCUUGUCGGUUUGAAGUCAGAUCUGCGCAGCAAGCGGACAUGUAUUGAGCUUCUCAAAACCCAAGGCCUGACUCCCGUGACUCCAGAGCAGGGCGAGACAGUGGCCCGACGAAUGAACGCAUCCUACAUCGAGUGCAGCAGUAAGGAGAUGCGUGGAGUGGACGAGGUAUUUGCUCUUGCGGUGCACACAGCCGUCUCGCAAGAGGAGCAAUGGGCAUCGAGCAGCCGUCCCGGUACGACUACCACUGGAAAGACUGGCGGCGGUGGUAGUACCAGCGCCGGUGGCAGUGGCGGAGGAGGGAUGGGAGGCAAGAAAAUCAAGAAGCGCUCUUGCAAAAUUCUGUGA